GAGAAGCUGUGCUAUACCUUUCCCUGGUGACUCUGAUAAGACAACACGGAAUUUCACAAUGGGCUCCAUCAGUGCAGCAAAUGCAGAGUUUUGUUUUGACGUAUUCAAGGAGGUGAAAUUUCACCGCAGCAAUGACAAUGUGCUCUUUUCCUCCCUGAGCAUGCUUUCAACCCUGGCCCUGGUGUAUAUGGGAGCAAGGGGUAAGACUCAAUCCCAGAUGGAAAAGGUUCUUCACUUUGAUAAUGUUACAGGAGACAUUUCUGACUCCCAGUGUGGCACUGCUGAGUACAUCCACAAAACAUUCAAGGAUCUCCUCUCAGACAUCAGCAGGCAAAAUGCUACUUACUCCCUCAGGAUUGCUGACAGACUCUAUAUUGAAAAAACAUAUCCUAUUCUUCAGGAAUACAUAAAGUGUGCAAAGAAAUUUUACAAAGCAGAGCUGGAAGAAGUUGACUUCAAAACAGCUGCAGAGGAAGCAAGACAGCUCAUCAAUUCCUGGGUGGAGAAAGAGACAAAUGGACGGAUCCAAGACUUCCUGGUGUCAGACUCUGUUGAUCUCGAUACUGCGCUGGUCUUUGUGAAUGUCAUUUACUUCAAAGGGAUAUGGAAAACGGCAUUUAAAGAAGAAUACACUCGGGAAGAGCCUUUCAAUGUGACUGAGCAAGAGAGCAGACCCGUGCAAAUGAUGCAUCAGAACAGCACUUUCAAAGUGGCAAGAGUGCCUGAAGACAAAAUUAGGGUCCUGGAGCUUCCAUACACCAGUGGAGAGCUGAGCCUGUUGGUGCUGCUGCCUGAUGACAUCUCUGGGCUGGCACAGCUUGAGAACAAAAUCAGCUAUGAAAAACUCAUGGAGUGGACCAGUUCCAAGGUGAUGGAAAAGAAGAAGGUGAAAGUGUACCUCCCACGCAUGAAGAUUGAGGAGAAAUAUAACCUCACGUCUGUCUUGACAUCCUUGGGUAUGACCGACCUGUUCAGCCCCUCAGCCAACCUCUCUGGCAUCUCUUCAGCAGAGAGCCUGAGGAUAUCUGAGGCCAUCCAUGAGGCAUACAUGGAAGUCACUGAAGAGGGCACAGAGGCAGGUGGCUCAGAGGUUGUGACUGGAGACAUCCAACAUUCCUCUGAGUUUGAAGAGUUUAGGGCUGACCACCCAUUCCUUUUCUUGGUUAAACACAAUCCAAGUGACAUGAUCCUCCUCUUUGGUAGAUAUUGUUCUCCCUAAGGAGAAAAAGGGCUGGACAUAAUGCUUUCCCUCCCCUAAGAAACAGGCCCCCCUUACUCUAG